AUGUAUAACAACAGCUAUAACUACGUCAAUUAUAGCAACAAUAACCAUCAUCAUCACAACAACAGCUAUAAUCAUAAUAAUAAUAAUCAUAACUAUAACAUCAACAAUAUCGAACCAUUUGAUGGUAUUGAAAUGAUCCCACCACCCAGCAACGUCGACGUAGGAGCCGGCGUCGGCUAUGGUUUUGGCGCAGGAGGGGUAGGAGGAGGAGUAGGAGGCAGAGGAAGAGGCAGAGGCGGAAGCGGGAGCGGACACAUCCCCGUCCCCAUCCCCAUCCCCAGCCCCAGCCCCAGCCCCUUCUCUAUCCCCUUCUCUAUCCCCGCCCCAGUCCACGACGUUGACAGACUGAACGAAAUGCUGAAUUGGUUUCGCAAGCGUAUCGCACAUCUCCUAUCAUGCGAAGAGAUCAUAGAUCAGCCAGAGGGUCAAUACAAAGUAAACAUGCUGUUUGAAAUUAUCGUGGAGAUCAUCCAAAACCAUGGUGCCACCUUAACUGAUCCCAUUGUCGAGGGCUUGGACCUUAUCUUGGAAAACAGAUAUAAUCUGUUUGGCAAUGCUCAGCCUCCGCCAGACUAUUACGUAGUACUGCCUCCGCCCAAC